GCGCGUACAGCUGGUCCGAUCGCAACUAACUUGUACUCUUGUUGCUGGGCUACUCGCGCGGCGUCUAGUAAAUUCGCGAAAGCUCCCUUUGCUGUUAAUGCACCAGGAGAAAUGAAGAAAUAAAGGAGAGGGAGCGGCCGAGUUUGCACGCGGAGAAGAGCCGAGAUAAUUCGGGAGGGACUGGUCAACUUAUAGUGGUAGUCGAAAAACGCGCUGCGCCCCGCUGGCCGCUACACAGACGGUGCGUAUAACGCGCGCGAAUCGCGAGAGACAAGCGCAGAAACAUCUCGAAGGAGUAGGGGCUGCAGCCAGCGGCGCUCGUAUAAAGCCGGCUGGCGCGCAGCGCCGACAGUCAGUACUCAGUUUGAAAUCGAACGUCGAUACGAUAACACGAGAAGCAGCUUACUCAGCGCGUAAGAAUAUAAGCCCCAAAAAUGGCUUUGAUUCCAACGAUGUUCCGUGACUGGUGGGACGACUUGGACCGUCCGAGCCGGCUGAUGGACCAGCACUUCGGCAUGGGCCUGACCCGGGACGAGCUGCUGCACACGCUGUCGGUGCCUUCGUUCCGGGGCUACUUCCGCCCGUGGCGCAACCUCCUCGAGCAGACCGGCGGCGUCUCCAGGGUCCAGAGCGACAAGGACAAGUUCCAGGUGAUCAUCGACGUGCAGCAGUUCGGCCCGCAGGAGAUCAGCGUGAAGACCGUCGACAACUGCAUCAUCGUCGAGGCCAAGCACGAGGAGAAGAAGGACGAGCACGGCUUCAUCUCCCGGCAGUUCCAGCGCCGCUACGUCCUCCCGGAGGGCCACGACAUCGGCAACGUCCAGUCCAGCCUCUCCUCUGACGGUGUGCUCACCAUCACCGCGCCGACUCUCGCGCUGCCGGCCCCGGGCGAGAAGAUCAUUCCCAUCCAGCACACCGCAGCGCCCGCCGUCAAGAACGUCUAAGGGCGUCCGGAUUUUUUCAAAAUACUCCCUACUCUGCAACGUUUUGUACAACACUCGUAUGCGACUGACUGCGUUGUUGUUGUAUUCGACGAGGCACGCGUUUGGCCUCGUUACUUUUCAUAUCUCUUGUGUAGCGGUACACAGCCUCGCUGUCGGCUGUAUAGCUAUGGUAUGGAGAACAAGGGCCAACCAGAGUUUUUCUACUCGGUUUUCCACGAAUCUCUACUCUUCUGCGCAUUUGUGAUAUGCACCCAUCGCGUCGUACCAUACUGUUGAACCCAUGCCGUACUAACGAAUGCUUUAUAAUGUAUCGUACCAAAUCUGCGUGUGUAAAUCUGCCGUACUCGUAUGCGUACUAUAUCGCCUGGAUGCCGAACAAUUUUUAUUAAUUUUUAGCCGUACUCUACUCGCACCGUUAAUGUAUAUCUCAAAAUUGUCACAGCAUUUUCUCGAUGAAACAAAUUUUAUAUAAUUUUCAUCUUUUUCAUCUGUACGAAUAAACGUCUCAAGUUCAGUCUGAAAA